AACCGCUCCGAGCACUUCCGGAGCUGCGGCGACGGCUCCGCCGGAGGAAGCAGCGCGGGCCUUGACCGGCGUUGGCCCGCCGCCUCCGCCGCCGCCGCGCCUGGGUCCGGUUCUUCUGGCCUGGCCCGACCCGGUCUGGCCCGCCCGGGCUCAGCGGCCGCGGGGCCGCGGCUCCCGAUGGAAAUUAUAUGAAUGAAAUUAUAUGAAUGACUAUUUAGGUGACAUCUUCCUGCAAAAUCUUCAAGAAUUACAGAAGACAAAAACACUAAUGAGUUUGAAAAAGUGGUGAAGUUUGGGGGGAGGGAAAAAAACUGCUUUCCUGAUCUGCAACUUGACUGGAUGUUAAGAUGUCUGUGGACAUGAAUAGCCAGGGGUCUGACAGCAAUGAAGAGGACUAUGACCCAAAUUGUGAGGAGGAGGAAGAGGACGAGGACCCUGGUGACAUAGAGGACUAUUACGUGGGAGUGGCCAGCGAUGUGGAGCAGCAGGGGGCCGACUCCUUCGAUCCUGAGGAAUACCAGUUCACCUGCUUGACCUACAAAGAGUCCGAGGGUGCCCUCAAUGAGCACAUGACCAGCUUAGCUUCUGUCCUAAAGGUAUCUCAUUCAGUUGCUAAACUUAUAUUAGUUAAUUUCCACUGGCAAGUUGCAGAGAUACUGGACAGAUACAAGUCUAAUUCUGCCCAGCUGCUCGUUGAGGCCCGAGUCCAGCCCCAUCCAUCGAAACAUGUGCCCCCGGCCCACUCCCCUCACCACUGCGCAGUGUGUAUGCAGUUCGUGCGGAAGGAAAACCUCCUCUCUCUGGCCUGUCAGCACCAGUUCUGCCGCAGCUGCUGGGAGCAGCACUGCUCAGUGCUCGUCAAGGACGGUGUGGGUGUGGGUGUCUCUUGCAUGGCUCAGGACUGCCCACUUCGAACACCAGAGGACUUUGUGUUUCCAUUGCUGCCCAAUGAAGAACUGCGAGACAAAUACAGGCGCUACCUCUUCAGGGACUACGUGGAGAGUCACUACCAGCUCCAGCUAUGCCCUGGUGCAGACUGCCCCAUGGUUAUCCGGGUACAGGAGCCCAGAGCUCGCCGAGUACAGUGCAAUCGGUGCAACGAGGUCUUCUGUUUCAAGUGUCGUCAGAUGUAUCACGCCCCCACAGACUGCGCCACAAUCCGGAAAUGGCUCACGAAGUGUGCAGACGACUCUGAAACAGCCAACUACAUUAGUGCCCACACUAAAGACUGUCCCAAGUGCAACAUCUGCAUUGAGAAGAACGGCGGCUGCAAUCACAUGCAAUGCUCCAAAUGUAAACACGACUUCUGCUGGAUGUGUCUAGGAGAUUGGAAGACCCACGGCAGCGAGUACUACGAGUGCAGCCGGUACAAGGAGAACCCCGACAUCGUCAACCAGAGCCAGCAAGCCCAGGCCAGGGAGGCCCUCAAGAAGUACUUGUUCUACUUUGAGAGGUGGGAAAACCACAACAAGAGCUUGCAGCUGGAGGCACAGACAUACCAGCGGAUUCACGAGAAGAUCCAGGAGAGGGUCAUGAACAACCUGGGGACCUGGAUCGACUGGCAGUACCUCCAGAACGCUGCCAAGCUCUUGGCCAAGUGUCGAUACACCCUGCAGUACACGUAUCCAUACGCCUACUACAUGGAGUCCGGGCCCAGGAAGAAGCUGGCCCUGCCCUGGCUACCGUCCCCACUCCUUUUGACCUUCCUGCUCUACCCAUACAGUUUGAAUACCAGCAGGCUCAGCUGGAGGCUGAGAUUGAAAACCUGUCAUGGAAGGUGGAGCGGGCGGACAGCUAUGACAGAGGGGACUUAGAGAACCAGAUGCACAUAGCAGAGCAGCGGAGGAGAACGCUGCUGAAGGACUUCCAUGACACCUAGGCUGGGACUCGGGCGCGCCGGCUGAGGACGAUGUGGCUGCGAGGUCUCCCGGCUGCCGUGCUGCAUGCUGCAGGCUCCCUGCCUCUCAUCACCCCAGGCAACAGCCAGGACCCCACUCCUGAGAGACACUGGCCACACACCUCUUAGUCGAUUUCUGGUUGUUUUUUUUUUCUCCCCCUCCUCUUUUUGCUUUUUGUUUCCACCAGGGUAGAGGCCCCGUUGAAUUGGCCUCUUCUCAGGACCGUCAGUUCCCCCUGGAUAGUUGCUGGGAGGGAAGGAAAGUUUUUUCUGAAUGACUAUUAAUAGUAUUAGAUCAUUACAACUUACAUAAUUUUCAAAGGCUGUACAAUUAUACAAAAAAAACAAAAAAACAAAACCAGGGGGCAAACAAACCAUAGAAUGACACAGAACCCUUUUUAAAAAUAAACUGGCAUUGGAGUGUUUUA